CGGUUGGUAGUAAAUUCAUCCGAACGAGGUACGCAGGUUCUGUGUCCGUUAACAUUUUUGCCAACUCUUUUUGUUAAUUUUUCAACAAUUCAUCAUAAAAACAACUUCAACGACCACGUUUCGUCAACAACCAUCUUCAAUAAAAAAAAUUUAUCCGAAAAAAGUUAUCGAAAUUUUUGUGUAAAUGAAAAGAAAACAGGAAGAAAUGGAUGAAAUUGGAAUACACCAUAAAUAUGAAGAGAUGAAUGUUAUAGGAUCUGGAGCAUAUGGAACAGUUUAUAAGGGCAGAAAUAAAUCAACAAAUACUUUUGUGGCACUUAAACGUGUCCGCAUAACAUUAAAAGAAGAAGGAAUACCAUCAAAUACAAUGCGAGAAAUUGCUUUAUUAAAACAUUUAAGUAAUUAUGGCCACCCAAAUGUUAUACAAAUCUUAGAUAUUUGUCAUGGAAGGCGAAUUGAUCGAGAAUUAAACAUGUACAUAGUUUUUGAACAUAUGGAAGAAGAUCUAGCUUCAUAUUUGGAGAAAUUCAAAGAAACUGGGCUUGAUAAAAAUCGAAAAAGAGAGAUAUCCAGAGAUAUUUUAAAUGGAGUUGAUUUCUUACACUCACAAAGAAUUGUUCAUCGCGAUUUAAAACCACAAAAUUUACUUGUUACAAAAACAGGAACUAUUAAAUUAGCUGAUUUUGGAUUAGCAAAAACUUAUGAUUGUGACAUGAUUUUAACUGCAGUUGUUGUUACAUUAUGGUAUCGAGCUCCAGAAGUACUUUUAGGCUUAAAAUAUGCAACCCCUGUAGAUAUUUGGUCUGUUGGUUGUAUUAUAGCUGAACUUUACAUUUUAAAACCUCUAUUUUGUGGAUCUGCUGAAGUUCAACAAUUAAAAGAAAUCUUUAAAGUGUUGGGAACUCCCGAAAGGGAUGAUUGGCCAGAAGAAAAAGUUUCAUUCCAAUUCAGCUCAUUUGGAAACAACAAAACAAUAAAUUUGCGUGAAGUUGUUUCAAGUUUAUGUGAAGAAGGUUUUGAUUUAAUAACGAAAAUGUUGGCGUUCAAUCCAUUGAAAAGAAUCACAGCUUCAGACGCUUUACAUCACCCAUAUUUUUUGAAUCAAUAAUUAAAAGUGAUCAUGAAAACAUUGUUUUGGUUAUAAAUAACAUUUGUGAAAGGUGCUCAAAUAUAAAUUUCUUAUUAGAUUAGAUAGUUAUUUCUUAGUUUAUAUUAUUUAAAUUUAAGAGUACAAAACAUUUAGUUUGUAAUUUAAUUUAGUUUAUCUUUAAUGUGUGGAUAAUUAGUUUUUUUUCUGCUCCUCCCAGUUUAUUUUUUGUAAUGUGUAAUCUGAUUAAAAAUAGAUGAUUUGACACA